AUGGAAUCCAAAUAUCCAAAGCUUCACUUUGUAUUGUUUCCAAUGAUGGCACAAGGCCACAUGAUUCCUAUGAUAGACAUUGCAAAAAUAUUAGCACAAUAUGAAAAUGUUAUUGUCACAAUUGUAACAACACCACACAAUGCGUCACGUUUCACAUCGAUCCUAGCACGUUAUAAUCUUGAAUCUGGAUUUCACAUUCAAUUAAUCCAACUCGAAUUUCCAAGUAAAGAUUUUGGAUUACCAGAAGGGUGUGAGAAUCUUGACAUGCUACCUUCACUUGGAACAGCUUCAAAUUUCUUCAAUGCAUCAAAGUUUCUAGAACAAGAAGUUGAAAAGCUAAUUGAAGAGUUAAAAUCACCACCAAGUUGCAUAAUCUCUGACAUGUGUUUGCCAUACACAAUCCACAUAGCUAGAAAAUUCAACAUUCCAAGAAUUUCUUUUGUUGGAGUAAGUUGUUUUUGUCUCUUGAAUUUGCAUAACAUACAUGUCUAUAAUAUGAUAGAAAAAAUGGCUAAUAAAGAAUCUGAGUAUUUUGAUUUGCCUGGUAUCCCUGACAAAAUUGAAAUGACAAUAGAACAAACAGGACUAGGAUUAAAGGGUGAAGCAUGGAAACAAUUUAAUGAUGAUAUGCUUGAAGCUGAAUUAGGUUCUUAUGGAAUAAUCAUGAAUUCUUUUGAAGAGUUAGAGCCAGCAUAUGCAAGGGAAUAUAAAAAGGUAAGAAAUGAAAAAGUUUGGUGUAUUGGCCCUGUUUCACUUAGUAACACUAAUUAUUUGGAUAAAGUUCAAAGAGGUAAUAAUAAUAAGGUUUCAAUUGGUGAAUGGAAGCAUUUGAAAUGGCUUGAUUCUAAGGAGCCAAAGAGUGUAAUUUAUGCAUGUCUUGGAAGUUUAUGCAAUGUGACACCACCACAAUUGAUAGAGAUUGGUUUGGCAUUAGAAGCAACAAAAAGACCUUUUAUUUGGGUUAUAAGAGAGGGAAAUCAAUUAGAAGCAUUGGAAAAGUGGAUUGAGGAAAGUGGAUUUGAGGAAAGAAUUCAUGGUAGAGGCCUUGUAAUUAAGGGUUGGGCUCCUCAAUUAUUAAUAUUGUCACAUUUUUCAAUUGGAGGAUUUUUAACACAUUGUGGUUGGAAUUCUACUAUAGAAGCAAUAUGUGCUAGUGUGCCUAUGGUUACAUGGCCACUUUUUGGAGACCAAUUUUUGAAUGAAAGUUUAAUUGUUGAGAUAUUAAAAGUAGGUGUGAAAAUUGGGGUGAGGAGUCCUAUGAAAUGGGGUGAGGAAGAGGAAAGUGGUGUGUUGGUGAAAAAGGAAGAUGUUGAAAAAGGGAUUGAAAGGUUAAUGGAUGAGACAAAUGAAAGUGAAGAAAGAAGAAAAAGGAUUAGAGAGCUUGGUGAGAUGGCUAAAAAGGCUGUAGAAAAAGGAGGAUCUUCUCACUCUAAUUUUACAUUGUUCAUCCAAGAUAUCAUGCAAAACAAUAAAGAUAUCAUGCCAAAAUCAUUUGCUAAUGGAAAUGGCAAUUCAAAAUGAUAACACAUUCUUAUUCUUACCAAAAUAAUGAAAAGACCUUGCCAUGCAGUAUUUCUGUAAUUUUCUAUAUUUUUAAUUUCGUGUUUAAUUAAUUGCAUACAUAUAUUGAAAAUGAUA